AAAACAACUUUGAAGAUCUGCUUUGUGUGUGGGUGUGGGUGGGUGGGGAGCCCUGAACUUUUCACAAGGGGCGACGACAACAGGGAAUGAAGCCAGCUUCCCCCGGAGAGCAUGGUCCAGACAAGACGGCUAUUUUCGUGAUUCAGACACUGCUGCAGCUUCAGCCUGGGAGGAACGUUUGGGGGACUCUCCUCUCUGGAUAUCCUCAGUGAGCCAAGGGGCGGGAAUGCAAGAUGAGUGAUUUUGAUGAAUGGAUCUCGGGGAAAUACAGGAGAAUGGAAGAAGGUCCUCUCCCUCUGUUGACGUUUGCUACAGCUCCCUACCACGACCAGAAACCAGGAACUAGUGGACUACGGAAGACAACCUAUUGUUUCGAGGCAAAGCCAAGCUACCUGGAAAAUUUUAUCCAGAGCAUAUUCUUUUCCGUAGACCUAAAGGAUCGCCAGGGAUCCUCACUGGUGGUUGGUGGAGACGGGCGGUAUUUUAAUAAAUCGGCAAUAGAAACGAUAGUGCAGAUGGCAGCCGCCAACGGGAUCGGGCGCUUGGUUAUCGGACAGAAUGGAAUCCUCUCCACCCCUGCUGUAUCCUGCAUCAUUAGAAAGAUCAAAGCCAUUGGUGGGAUCAUCCUGACAGCCAGCCACAACCCUGGAGGGCCCAAUGGAGAUUUUGGAAUCAAAUUCAAUAUUUCCAAUGGAGGUCCUGCUCCAGAAGCAGUAACUGAUAAGAUUUUCCAAAUCAGCAAGACAAUCGAAGAAUAUGCAAUUUGCCCUGACCUGAAAGUAGACCUUGGAGUUCUGGGAAAGCAGCAGUUUGACCUGGAAAACAAGUUCAAACCCUUCACAGUGGAAAUCGUGGAUUCGGUGGACGCUUACGCUGCGAUGCUGAGAAACAUCUUCGAUUUCAGUGCCCUGAAAGAACUGCUUUCUGGCCCAAACCGACUGAAGAUCCGCAUAGACGCCAUGCACGGAGUUGUGGGGCCGUACGUGAAGAAGAUCCUCUGCGAAGAGCUCGGCGCCCCUGCCAACUCGGCGGUCAACUGCGUUCCUCUGGAGGACUUCGGAGGACACCACCCUGACCCCAACCUCACCUACGCAGCCGACCUGGUGGAGACUAUGAAGACAGGAGAGCAUGAUUUCGGGGCUGCCUUUGAUGGAGAUGGGGAUCGAAACAUGAUUCUGGGCAAGCACGGGUUCUUUGUGAACCCCUCGGACUCCGUGGCCGUCAUUGCUGCCAACAUCUUCAGCAUCCCGUACUUCCAGCAAACCGGGGUGCGCGGCCUGGCCCGCAGCAUGCCCACCAGCGGCGCCCUGGACAGGGUGGCUAAUGCUACAAAGAUCGCUUUGUAUGAGACCCCCACUGGUUGGAAGUUUUUUGGGAAUUUGAUGGAUGCAGGCAAACUGUCCCUUUGUGGGGAGGAGAGCUUCGGGACUGGUUCUGACCACAUUCGUGAGAAAGACGGACUCUGGGCUGUCCUUGCCUGGCUCUCCAUCCUGGCUACCCGCAAGCAGAGUGUGGAGGACAUUCUCAAAGAUCACUGGCAAAAGUACGGCCGGAAUUUCUUCACCAGGUACGAUUACGAGGAGGUGGAGGCCGAGGGUGCAAACAAAAUGAUGAGAGACUUGGAGGCCCUGAUAUCUGAUCGCUCCUUUGUGGGGAAGCAGUUCUCAGUGGGUGACAAAGUUUACACCGUGGAGAAGGUCGAUAACUUCGAGUACAGUGAUCCCGUGGACGGAAGCAUUUCAAGAAAUCAGGGCUUGCGGCUCAUUUUUGCGGAUGGUUCCCGGAUCAUUUUUCGACUGAGUGGCACCGGGAGUGCGGGGGCCACCAUCCGCCUGUACAUCGACAGCUAUGAGAAGGACAUCACCAAGAUUCACCAGGACCCCCAGGUCAUGUUGGGCCCCCUCGUUUCCAUUGCUCUGAAGGUCUCCCAGCUCCAGGAACGGACGGGCCGCACCGCACCUACCGUCAUCACCUAAGAAGACAGGCCCAGGGCAGUACGUCUCUCCAUCCCAGGCCCCUCCAAGUCAUCUGAUUAAAGAGCAGGGAGAGAAAUAACGUGUAUUCACCCAGCCUUUGUAGGACUUGGUUUUUCCACUAACCAGUUUUUGAUGAAGAGUACGUUCGCAAAACUGCCAAUCGAGAUGCACGUGGGAGCCGUGUGGGAAAUGGGGAAGGACCCAGGGGUUAUGCUCGUGUGAGUCCUUCUCCUGCCCUUUCCCACUGCUGCCGGCGGGCCUUUGUCUCCUUGGCACCGCGCUCUGUUUACAUUGCCAUGUAAGGUGAGGCUGAGCUCAGCUGAGGAGGCCACUGUUCACCUUGGGAUGUGCCCGUGAAAUGACAGUGCAACUUUGUUUCUUCUUGGUGAACCUUGCCCCCCCCCUUAUUGUUUACAUGAAAUCCAGCAAAAUGCAGUUUCUGGUGCCUUCUCUCCAAUCAGUGCUUUCCUCGGAGUGAGACGUACUUGUCCACAGAUUUCUGCUUUGUCGUGCAACACAGUCCCAUUCACACAAAUAUUUCGGGAUAUUAAAGCAAAAUGAGCUGCUA